CUGUCUUCUCCUCAAAGUAAUGUCUGAUCCAGCUUGUAUCUUCAGCAAUGGAUUUCUUGAUAACUAUGACUAUAGCUUCAACUAUUCCACUUCUCUCUCACACAUCUACAACUCUAAUGGCAGCUUCUACUCUAGCAAUACCACAAAGAUAAACCCUAAUUCUACAUCACCUGACUCUCCUCCACUUAGAGAAGCUCUUCCUCUCCUAAGCUUAAGCCCCAUUCAUAAGCAUAAGGCAGCUAGUGUUUCUCACCAUGAAUAUUAUUUCAUGGAGACGACUGAACAAUCUUCUACAAACUUUCUUGAUCAUGAUCUUGGUCAGUGCCAAGAAACUCAGCAUCAUGAUGUGACAGUGGAUCUUCAUCUUGGGUUAACAAAUCUCGGUGGCGACGCUAUUGCCUGCGGUGGUGGUGGGAGCAGCAGCAGCGACGCUAUACUUGAUUCUACAGACCAAGAGCAUCAUCAUGAUCUUCAUCAAGAUCGUCAUCAAUAUCCAGAAGUAGAAGUUACACUUGUUUCCGAUCAUGAUGGUCAUGGUGGUGUACAAAGGGGGAUUCAUCAUCACUAUUGGAUCCCUACUCCUUCUCAGAUUCUGAUGGGUCCUACGCAGUUCUCUUGUCCUCUCUGCUUCAAGACCUUCAACAGAUACAACAACAUGCAGAUGCACAUGUGGGGACAUGGCUCACAAUACAGAAAAGGACCGGAGUCACUAAGAGGGACACAACCAACCGCGAUGCUGAGGCUAUCAUGCUACUGUUGUGCACCAGGCUGCAAGAAUAACAUACACCACCCGAGGGCAAGGCCGCUCAAGGACUUCCGUACGCUUCAAACACAUUACAAGCGGAAACAUGGUGCGAGGCCCUUUGCUUGUCGUAGAUGUGGAAAGGCUUUUGCGGUCAAAGGAGAUUGGAGGACGCACGAGAAGAACUGUGGGAAGCUUUGGUAUUGCUCAUGUGGAUCGGAUUUCAAGCAUAAGAGGUCGCUUAAGGACCAUGUUAAGGCAUUUGGUAAUGGUCAUGUCCCUUGUUUUGGCAAUGAUUGCUUCGGCGAUCAUGAGGACGAGGCUGCUUCUGAUGUCGAACAUCAAGAGUGA